AUGCAGGCCGCAAGUGCCGAUAUCAGAGAUAAUGCGAACGAGGUUGCGGGUGAGAUCUCGGUGGGCUUUGCGCAUUCGGCCGUUAAGGCAAUCGGUGUGCCCCUGGUGCAGCGUGUCUCGCAAGCCUAUCCGAAACUCCGCCUGCAUCUUUCCGAGAUCUUUUCCGGGUCCACCGCCCAGCAGCUUGCGUCUUCGGAAGUCGAUUUGACCCUUACCUACAAUCAGUCUCCUGACUCACGCUUCAGGUUCCAGCCAAUAUUGGAAGAAGAGUUGGUUCUGGUGGGCCGCCCGGAUGUAAUGGGCGGGACUGAUGCAAUCAGCUUUGAGGCACUGCUGGAAUUACCGCUGAUUAUUCUUCGUCAAGGCCUGAACACCCGGGCCGUGAUGGACGAUCCGUCCCUGCUUAGACGGAUCGAAGAAAACGCUCAGUUCCAGAUAAACUCGAUCGCCGCUAUCGGCGGAUCCCUUCUUUCAGGCAUCGGCUGCCUCAUAGGCACCGAGUUUAUCCUGAAAGAACACAUCGACGCGGGCACAUUGGUGACUCGCCCGAUUGUCAGGCCGAAGCUCAGUCGCGCGCUCUAUAUCGGAGAAUUGAGCGAUCGCCCGGCAACGUUUGCCUUGGAGGCUGUGCGUCAACUCUGUAUCGAACUCACGGUUGAAGCGGUGGAAGCGCGGCAAUGGAAAGCGACGCUGUCAGGUUAG